CACCGCUGGCACCGUUUCACAGCUCAAUUUGUCCCGGAGUCGACUAUCUGCAGUUCGGAAAGUAAAACUCGACAUAGUCGAAGUCAUGGACCGCGAACACCCGAAAAUGCCUUUUUAACUUUUGAAGAUAUUGAAGAUGACCUGUCUUGUGUCAUGUCCCAGUGGUCUGCUAGUCAUUGGCCACCUCCUCGCACUAUCCUCCGUCAACACCCAGUCAGAGAUAUGGACCAAUGAAGUUUCAGAUGUUCAGUAUGGGAGGCUGGGGUCCAACGUCACGCUGGUGUGUGGAGCAGCACUAGACAGGACAUCAGUGAAGUGGCGUCUGAACAGGAGUUCCAUGUUACCAUGGCAGCACCGAGUGACAUCAGAUGGUCAGCUGGUCCUCCUGCAGGCUGACCGCACUGCCGAAGGAAACUACAGCUGCCAUGACGACCGGGGACGACUCAUCAGGACAACCAGACUGAGGCUGGGGCAUCCCCCCGGGCUGCUCAAUGUUUCCUGUCGUGUGUCGAAUCACAGCCUGGUAUUGUGUUCAUGGGUGGAGUCUGUGAAGACCCUCCUGCCUGCCCAGUACCACACCUCUUACAGGGGUAAUAAGAGCCAGGUGAGGAUGUGUGUGGUGUCGUCCCCUCCCCAGAAGCAGUGCACCAUCACAGACCCUACCAUGUGGCAACACUACCAUAACAUCAACAUCACAGAGACCAACCCUCUGGGGUCACAGACCACCAUCCUGAUGGUCAAGUUCCAUGAGCUCUUACAGCCAGACCCCCCAGAGGCAGUAACAGCAGUGGGGAUGGUAGGAUAUCCCAUGAGGCUCCAGGUGUACUGGACGAACCCUGCCUCCUGGCUCCACGACGCUGUGCCCUUCCCCCUCCGCUUCCAGCUCCGCUACCGUCCUGUAGGAUCCAGCAUCUGGUCUAACGUGGAGUCUAAGUCCAGCCCCCUGUUGAUAACUGAUGCCCUAGCAGGCCACGCCCACCAGCUGCAGGUGAGAGCCCAGGACGACAUCAACCCAGACAGCCAGUGGAGUGACUGGAGCCCCCUACUGCAGGCUUGUCCAUGGAUUGGUAGUACUGCCAAGCCUACUGAAGAAACAUUCCCUGUCGACUACAACGACACGGACGCAGACGCCUCUACAGCCAACACCAAGUCAGAGAGCUCAGAGGAUGAUGGUGGCAGUCUGCUGAUUCUACUGGCCCUGUUCGCUGGUAUCAUCCUGGCCCUGGUGUCCUCUCUAUCGGUCCUCAUGUGGGUGAGGCAACGGAGGCGGGACAAUGUGACAAAACAGGAACUAACCUCAAUGGUGAAGAUGAAGUCCAUGCCAAUCUAAACCUAGGUUGGCCCCUCCUCUCAGCCCUUAUAGGGCCCCUUGUCUCCACCAGGCCACACCCCCAACAGAUGGGUGCAGCAUCCACACAACACGACCCACAAUCCACCAUGCUACCCGCAAGCCAUCUGGGACGUGUGCCGUGCCUGAUCGCUGCCUGCCAACGAACAGACAUGUUGAAACCAAUGACUGACUCCUCCCACUGGAGUUUAACAUCAUCUGAUUGGCUAUGAGGCUCAACACUACGUACUGUACAGUAUGGAGCACCAACUAACAACAUACCUGUCCUCCUCCCCUGAACUUCACUGACCGAAUAAGGUAUAGGUUCUGGUCUCUACCUUUCACAUAGUUUUCCUUUCUGUGUACCUGAUGACCUCAUGGUCCUUCAUUCAUUUCAACUGUAAGAAGCAUCACAGGGCAUUAUUUUAUAGACCGAUUGGCAUUAUAAACUGUUUUAGACUGUUUAUGAAGAGGGUAUAGAUAGAUUGGCAUUCUGCAGAAUAGAGACUGCAAUUCAGAGGAGAAGGAACGGACUGCAAACAAGGCUGCUGCUAUUGGUCAUUGGAUGAAAAGGAGGGAACAGAGUUCGGCCAUAUCCAUGCUGGCCAAUCACUAGCAGUGUCUGGAUGACGUCAUAACUUCCUGUAUAUCUGCAUAGUUGCGUUAAAUGAGUCAAUGGAACACAGAUGUUUUAUUGACCAGACUGGAACACAUUCAACAAUCUGAUCUAACAAAAUAGAUUUUUGUCAAAUCUGUCAUGAUUUACGUAUUGUAACAAGCCCACAAUGUGGUUACUUACAGACUCCACCAGACUAGACUAGACUCCACCAGACUAGACUAGACUAGACCAGACCAGACUAGACUAGACCAGACUAGACUA